CCAUCUGUCUCGGGUUCUCUCCAGGAGGACCUGGCCACCGAAGGGUCGUCUUCUGCUGCUGACCCCCAUCAAAUCCCAUCAUGCCCACAGCCCUGUGCCCCCGAGUCUUGGCUCCGAAGGAAAGUGAGGAGCCCAGGAAAAUGAGGAGCCCGCCUGGAGAGAACCCCGGCCCCCAGGGGGAGGCUCCCAGCCCUGAAUCCUCUCGUCGCCUCUUCCGCCGGUUCCGCUACCAGGAGGCAGCGGGCCCCCGUGAGGCCCUGCAUCGCCUCUGGGACCUGUGCCGGGGCUGGCUAAGGCCUGAUCGGCACACCAAGGAGCAGAUCCUGGAGCUGCUGGUGCUGGAGCAGUUCCUGGCCAUCCUGCCCCGUGAGAUCCAGAGCUGGGUGCGGGCCCAGGAGCCUGAGAGUGGCGAGCAGGCCGUGGCCGCGGUGGAGGCACUGGAACGGGAGCCUGGGAGACCCUGGCAGUGGCUCAAGCACUGUGAAGACCCCGUGGUGAUUGACGAUGGCGACAGCCUCCCCGACCAGGAGCAGGAGCCAGAGCGGCUGCCAGGAGAGGCCCAAAGCGACCUUGCAAGGAGCCAGGAUGCCCAGCCUACAGCCCUGGCACAGGGCUUGGGGCUCCCAAGCAGGCCUUCUGGCCAGCUCAGCGGGGACCUAGUUCCACAAGAUGUCUUCCUCCUUCAGGAAGAGAGUAUGAGGGAUGCACAGCAGGUGACCGCCCUCCAGCUGCUGCCGAACCGGGUUUCUCCAUUCAAGGACAUGAUCUUAUGCUUCUCUGAAGAAGAUUGGUCGCUCCUAGACCCUGCCCAGACUGGCUUCUACGGAGAGUUCAUCAUUGGGGAGGACUGUGGGGUCUCAAUGCCUCCAAAUGACCCCGCUGCCCAGCUGGAUCUCUCUCAGGGAGAGGAGCAUGAGACACGCAUUCCAGAGCUGCAGGACCUCCUGGGGAAGGAUGCACCCCCGGCCUCCUCCUUGGACUCUUCAAGUCUCCAGCCACUCCAGACGGAUGAAAGACGGAAACGGGAGGAGCUGCAGGUGCCCGAGAUCCAGACCUGCCAGCAGGGGGCGCCAGCUCAGAGCUCCUGCCCAGCUGGGGGCGACCCGCCGUUUCUCGACCACAGCCUGGACGAGGAGGUGUCCAUCGAGAUCGUGCUGUCCAGCUCCGGGGACGAAGACUCCCAGCACGGCCCGUACUGCGCGGAGGAGCCGGUGCGCCCCCUGGAGAAGCCACGUGGACCCCCGGGUCCCCACCGCGGCGCUGAUCCCGGGGCUGAUGGGCAGGCCUCCCGGAAGUCCUACGUGUGUCCGAACUGCGGGAAGGUCUUCCGCUGGAGAGUCAACUUCAUCCGGCACCUGCGCAGCCGCCGGCAGCAGGAAAAGCCGCACGAGUGCCCGGUGUGCGGGGAGCUGUUCAGUGACAGCGAGGACCUGGACGGCCACCGCGCGGCGCACGCGCAGAAGCCGCACCGUUGCGGCGCCUGCGGGCGCAGCUUCCGCCUGCAUGCGCACCUGCUGUCCCACCGGCGCAUCCAUUUGCCACCCGCUGGCACCAAACCGGGCGAGCCCAGGGACGAGGAGCCGUUGGCGGAGGCUGAGACUGCGCUGACCUUCCCGUGCUGUGACUGCGGGAAGGCGUUCCCGCGGCGCGAUCAGCUGGCGCGCCACCGCAGCCACCUGCACGCGCCGGGCGCCGCGCGGCCCCUGCGCUGCCGCUACUGCGUCAAGAGCUUCACGCACAACUAUGACCUGCUGCGCCACGAGCGCCUGCACAUGAAGCGCCGCUCCAAGCAGGCCCUGAACUCCUACUGA